AUGCGUUUGUUUACUUCAACCUUCAUAGCCGGAACCCUGCUGGGGUUUGGCCUGGCCCAGCUCGAGGUCUCCCCUGACGGUAGCUGUGGCCCUGCAAACGGGUACUCGUGUACCGGAUCUGAGUAUGGCAACUGCUGCUCCGAAGGUGGAGAGUGCGGCGGAACGGACGAAGUUUGCGGUGCAGGAUGCCAGGUGGAUUUUGGACUCUGCGGGCGUGGUGUGGGUGGUGACCCUACUGAUCCGCCUGAAAACGAACCGACAACGACAAGGCGGACGGAACUUCCGGGAACCACUACUACAAGGCGGACAGCCCUCCCCACUAGCGAUCUGCCUGUGGUGUCUACCAUCUACGUCACGUCCACCAUCUUGACUACGAUCCAGACCACCGCGGUCCAGAGCACGUUGAUUACGGUCACCUCAACGAGUGUCGACCGGCUGACGACAACCAUCCCGACCACUGAAGUCCUGACAAGCACGGUUGUUUUGAACACGACAUCAACGCAAUUUACCACUACAACAGCAACCAGCUAUUCCAUCAUUUUCGCCACGGUUUACAACACCAUCAACGUGACCAGCGUCUCAACCGAGUGGGAAACGGCCACCACGACUUCGACACAAACCCUGAACACGACACAAUACUUCAACCAAACCCUCACCUCCACGUUCACCCAGCCUAUCACGCUCACCUCCUACGCCAGCGUGGACGUCACCCGAACCAUCAACGCCACGUCGACGAAACUCCUGACGCAGACGGCCACCAUCCCCUUCACCAUAACCUCCACCGCCACACGCACAGUCAACUCAACCGUGCUCACCACCGAGACCGAAACAACCGAGAUCCCGGUCACCGUCACAACCAUCGACACCGAAUUCACCACCCAAACCGACCUGAUCACAGCCACCACCACCGCCAUCACAACCGCCACCCAAAACAUCACCUCCACCGCCGUCCAAACCCAAACCCAAACCCAAACCCAAACAAUCACCGCCACCGCCCUCGAAACCGCCACCGUAACCAUCACCGAAACAGCAACAGCAACCCCCACCGAACCCACCACUCCACCACUCACCAUCACCGCCACCGCUACCAUCACAGAAACAAUCACCCCAACCGAACCCACCACCCCACCAGCCACCAUCACCGUCACAGAGACAGCCACAGAGACAGCCACCGAGACAGCCACGGCAACCCUGACGCAAACUAAAACACAGACGCUGACACCGGAGAUCCCGCCGCCAGAGCAGACGUUGACGGUGGGGCCGGGGCCGGAUCCCACGACGGGGACGGGGACGGGGACGGGGAGUAGUAGUGCGAAGGUGACUUUGACGGUGGGGGGUGCGUGA